UUCAUACAACACUCAUGAAAACGUGGAACUGCUGAGAUCAGCGAAAUCUUCCAGACUCUGCCUUCUGCACCAUGAGAAGCAUCUGGUGGGUGAUCCUGGCCACAGGAGUCUGCGUGGGGAGCAAAAACUCACAGGACACAUGUAGCCAAGGGCAUCCUGGCAUCCCCGGGAAUCCUGGCCACAAUGGUCUGCCCGGGAGAGAUGGACGAGAUGGAGCAAAAGGUGACAAAGGGGAUGCAGGAGAACCAGGACUCCCUGGAGGUCCAGGGAAGGCUGGGAUGAAUGGAGAGAAAGGAGAACAAGGGGCAGAUGGAAGAGUCGAGGCCAAAGGCAUCAAAGGGGAACAAGGCUCCAGAGGACCACCGGGAAAACAUGGGCCCAAGGGGUUUGUCGGCCCCAUGGGGGAGAAAGGCCUCCAAGGAGAGACUGGUCCUCAGGGGCCAAAGGGGUAUAAAGGGGACGUGGGUCCCACUGGGCCAGAAGGCUUAAAGGGCAACGCUGGGCCUUCGGGUCCAAUCGGUCUGCCUGGCCCUGUGGGCCCCAUUGGAAAGCCCGGCCCUAGAGGAGAGGCCGGGCCCUUGGGGCCCCAGGGUGAGCCAGGAGCCCGAGGAAUGAGAGGCUGGAAAGGGGAUCGAGGCGAGAAAGGGAAAAUCGGGGAGACUCCCAUCCCUCCCAAAAGCGCUUUCACGGUGGGGCUCACAGUGCUGAGCAAGUUUCCUUCUUCGGAUGUUCCCAUUAAAUUUGAUCGAAUCUUAUAUAACGAAUUCAACCAUUACAACGUAGCUACAGGGAAAUUCACUUGCCACAUUGCUGGGGUCUAUUACUUCACCUACCACAUCACUGUUUUCUCCAGGAACGUUCAGGUCUCUUUGGUCAAAAAUGGGGUGAAAGUGCUGCACACCAAGGACGGUUAUAUGAGCUCUGAGGACCAGGCCUCGGGGGGCAUCAUUUUGGAGCUGAAGCUCGGGGAUGAGGUGUGGCUGCAGCUGAGGAUGGAGAAGAGUUUAUACCCUGGCCUCACUCCCCAUCAAAAUCAGCUUGGUGAAGGAGUCACUAGAUGGCUUUACUGUAGCAAUUACUCUACUUAUUGCAAUCUUCAUAAGAAGGUGAACAUGGGAGUGUUAUUCCUAAAACUGAUUUUGUGAAACUUACUAUCUUUCCAAGAAUAAACUUUAAAAAAAUGC